AUGCCAGUCAAGUUUGUCGGCAUUACUAAUCCGUCAUUUAUGGAGGCCUAUCGCCUUACUAUGCGCGUGGACUUGGAUAUGGCUGUGUUUAUGACAUACCUGUGCGUCGGGCACCUGGAGAAGACCCGGGGUGUCAUCAUUAAUAUGUCGAGCGCCAGUCUGAGUGCGCCGUACGGUAUGGCCAGGACUGCGACCGAUAUGUUCACCAGAUGUAUGGCCGUUGAGUUGGGAGGGAAAGGCAUUCGUGUCAAUAGUGUUAAUCCGAGUGUUAUCGAAACGGAUUUCCUCAAAUCCACAGGCGUUGACCCGAAAGUCAUAGCCAAAGGUAUGGCCAAUAAGUUUCCAGUCGGGAGGUGUGGUGUGGUUGAGGACGUGGCUCAGGCCGUCCUAUUCCUGUCGGCCCCCGAGUCGUCGUUUAUAACGGGAACCCAUAUGCUUGUGGACGGCGGACAUAUAGCUGCCGGUAUUGGCUAUAAUACUGCAAAGGCGUCGGCUAAUUCAAAAUAAUAAUUUUUCUUACCAUGAUGCUCUGUAUUUGAUGAUUUUUAAUAUUUAUGCAAGUUAUAUUUUUAACAUUUGCAAAAUAUAGGAUACAUAGCA